AGAAUCCUCUCCAUAUCCAACGGGUCAAAGAUAUGGCUUGGCUUUAGUAGCUGCUACUUUUCCAACCAGGAGAGCUGAACAGACUACCGGCAAAGUCAAGUUCAGUCGUCGUAUCCUCCAUUUCUCCUUCUCCAGAAAGAUAUCUCUGCUGCAAACUGGGUCGUCUAAUGGCGAUGACAGAUCCAAGAGCCUCCGGGUCUGGUUCUUCUUCACCUCCCCAAUGGAAGUACGACGUUUUCUUGAGUUUCAGGGGUGAAGACACCCGCAAGAAUUUCACAGGCCAUUUAUACGACAAACUGCUGUGGCGCGGCAUCCAUAUCUCCGGAGCUCUUUCGUACAAUUGAGGAAUCGAGGUUCGCCGUGGUGGUUCUCUCUCCGAACUACGCUUCGUCCGCCUGGUGCUUGGAUGAACUUUCAAAGAUUUUUUAUUGCAUGGAAGCAAAAAACAACUUUCAGGAGGAUUCAGCAAAGGUGCGGCAUUGGAGAGCUGUUUUAACAAAAUUGUGGAAUCUUGCUGGAUGGACUUCAAAGGACAGCUAUGAAAUGGAAGUUAUAAAUGAAAUUGUGUGGAACAAAGUUCGUCCCACAUUCACAUUGAGUUCUAGAGAGAAGCUUGUGGAAAUUGAUUCUAAAAUAGAGCAACUAGAUGUGCUUUUAGACGUUGAGGCCAAUGACGUCCUUGCUGUAGGGAUAUGGGGGACGGGUGGGAUUGGUAAGACAACCAUUACGAGGCUAGUCUACGAGAGAAUUUCUCAUAGAUUUGAAGUUUGCACCUUUCGUUCCAAUGUUAGGGAGGUGGCGGCGAAACAUGGUAUUGUUAAUAUACAAAAACAACUUCUUUCCCCGAUAUUGAAGGAAAAAAUUACACAGGUUUGGGGGUAUUAUGGUGGAAGCAUGAUGGUAAAGAAUUGUUUAUGGAAUAAAAAGGUUCUUCUCGUUCUUGAUGAUGUGGAUCAAUUAGAGCAGUUGGAAUUAUUGGUUGGAGACAAACGCUGGUUUGGUGUGGGGAGCAGAAUCAUCAUUACAACUAGGGAUCUACGUUUGCUGGUCUCACAUGACGUUGAGAUCAAACAAUUUGAGCUUAUGGGAUUAAGUGAAGAUAAAGCUCUUCAGCUCAUUAGUUGGCAUGCCUUUAAAAAUGAUCCGAAUGACGAAUACCUGGAAUUGUUAAAAGCUUUUGUUAAAUAUGCUGCCAAACUUCCCUUAACUCUGAAAACUUUGGGAAUCUUUUUGUGUGGAAGAGAUCAAGGUGCAUGGACAAGUACAUUGGAUAAACUAAAGAAAGAUCCAGAAGAGACAACAUUUAAAACGCUUCUAGUAAGUUAUGGCGGACUAGAUGAUAUGACGAAGAAUGUUUUUCUUGAUGUGGCAUGCUUCCAUAAGGGGAAUGACAAGGAUACAGUAAUUGAAAUACUUGACUGCUGUGACUUUUCUGGACGUAUCGGGAUAGAUGUUCUCGUUGAGAAAUCUCUUUUAUAUAUUUCAGGCAAGAAUGUGGAGAUGCAUGAUUUGGUACAGGAAAUGGCAUGGAAAAUUGUUCGUAGAAAGUCUAAAGAGCCUGCACGACGUAGUCAGUUGUGGCUUCGUGAGGACAUUUUUCAUGUAUUGAAGAAUAAUACGGGAACAGAAGAUAUUGAAGGCAUAGUAUUACACUUGCCGAAGUCAUGAAGGACAGACCGAAAGCUUUCCCAUAACUGUAGGAUUACAUCAAGGCUCAUCCUUAAGUCCUUACCUUUUUGCGUUGGUAAUGGAUGA